UACUCGUACAGUUGAUAGCCGAAGGGCGACGAUGGUUUCACCACAAGCAUCUCGACGCAUAAUGCUUCCGUUUAGUUUCCGUUCAGGAUUGCUGGCGGUAACAUCUCGCGUGCGUUGUAUCCGCAGUCUCUCCGCGCUAGUCAGUCAAUAAGUAACUAGAGGAUCUCUUCGACGGUAAAGAGCCACUUUACCGUGUGGAGGAGGGUUAACGUUGAUUCCUUUCUGUGCUCACAGGUGGUCGUGGUGACCUGAACUAGGUGUUUUACAGCCCGUAUAGAAUGUGAAGUGCGGGAGUGUCGGUUUUAUCACUUUUAUCUUAUGUUGUUGAACCUUCCGCCAGUUCAUAUCCGAGUGGUACGUUCUUGCUCUAAUCAGUGAUGUCUUUUGUUUGAUGAUCUGCAUGAUCGCAGUGAUUAGCAGCAGGCGGCUGCGGUUGUGUAUGUAGAAUUCAAAAACCUCAUCCAGACGUUCACAUAGUCGUCGGCGAGAUUGCAAAGUGAGGCAGUUUUAAUUGGACGGAAGUCACGCCACAGAAGAAAAAAUAACAAUAUCCGUAGAUCGGGAACGGUUCACGUUUAUAUGUCGUGAGGUGCAUAUCUGCUGGAAACCGACAGGCGGGCUUACCGACGACCGGAAGAGAACUCUAUUUUAUUGUUAUUCAAUGUGUAUAGAAUCUAUGCUGCCGAGCUGUUUUCAUUGUGUUAUGAUUAAGCUGGACUUUGCAUAAUUUUACGUAAACUUUACAACAUUAAAUCUGCUGGACCGGACUCGAACUCGGGCGGGUGAUACAGCAAAAAGUGAUAAUUUAAAUGAGAUACCAAUGACAGGCGAGGUGAUUUAUAAGCCUUACCAGAAGCCGGUCGUCUCCAGGCCAUUAUCAAAGGAUUAAUGCUAUGUGUUGAAGCAAGGAAAUAAUAUUGUUUAAUAUUGGAACCGAAUCGUCACCCUGAACCAUGUUCCCUUGAGACAGUAUGUUGCAUGUUGUUUAUACUUAUUAAAGCUCACACCACCGACAAAUGAGUGUGGAAUUGGUGCUUCACAACAGUAUCAAACUUCAAGAGACCGAUUCCUGCUCAGAAUACUAAUUGGUGCAGCUAAGUACGGGUUCAAUUGCACGGCACGAUAACAGAAACAGAAUCGACUACCAUGUCAUCAGCAAGUUUGGAUGGCAUAAUUAAGGAAAAUCAUAAUCGAACCAGCACCUCUUUCGACACCAACAUGACGAUGACCUUGAUCGAGCCAGUGCCGAAGACUGUUAGUUCCACUGUAGACGAAUCGUGUGCGACAGAUAAGGAGCAGUUUAAUGGCAUCGUUGAGGAUGGAAUCAACGAACAGCAAAGUGCUCGGGAAGCACAGGAACAUAAUCCCGCGUACUACUGUGGUUGGUUUGGUAUGCGGCCACAAUGGAUUCAGAGGUUCAUGACACCGAAGUGGGCGCUAUUUUGGCUUUGCUGGGCCGGUGCAGUGCAAGGACUGGUUGUCAAUGGUUUCAUCAACGUUGUCAUCACUACCAUCGAACGGCGGUUUGGUCUAAGAUCAACACAAACCGGCCUCGUGGCAAGUGGUUACGAUAUCGCGUCGUUCCUGUGCCUGGUGCCGGUGUCCUACUUUGGCGGCCGGUUAGGAUCUUCCAAGCCACGCUGGAUCGGUUGGGGUGUGGCAGUAAUGGGCCUGGGAGCAUUUGUGUUCGCCCUGCCACACUUUUUGGUAGGCCAGUACCGGGCGGCCAAUUCCGAGCAGAACGUGUGCCUGGCAGCAGCAUCCGCCACCGAACUUAUGAUCAAUGACACCACGGCCAUGGCUGCCCGACUCCUGCUGGGGGAGAGUUGCGCUUUGGAAGGUGAUCUUGCAUCGAACGGUGGCGGAGAGGGUAGCGAAAAUCUUUCCUGGAAUGUAUGGUUUUUCUUCACCGCCCAGCUCUUGCUCGGUGCUGGGGCAUCUCCACUGUAUACCCUGGGCGUUACGUACAUCGAUGAGAACGUCUCCAAGAAGAUGUCAUCUGUUUACUUAGGAAUCUACUACACGAUGGCGGUUGUGGGUCCAGCAGCAGGAUACGUAAUCGGAGGGCAACUUCUACUCUUCUACACCGAUAUGUUCGUGGUGGAUUCUUCGGUUUUGGGCCUUACACCUCACAGCAAAGUUUGGGUAGGCGCCUGGUGGAUUGGAUUCGUUUUUAUGGCUGCCUUCUGUCUGCUGCUAGCGAUACCGAUACUGGGCUACCCUCGGGCACUUCCCGGCUCGGAAAAGCUGGAGAAAGUUUCCGAGGCACACAAAGGUGAUGCCGACCAGGGCAAGCAGACGUUUACCAAAAUUAGAGAAAUCCCAAAAGCGCUCGCUGCACUGCUGAAGAAUCCGACGUUUUUCUUUCUCAACCUGGCAGGUGCUUCGGAAGGGCUGGUCAUAUCGGGCUUUGCCGUGUUUCUGCCGAAGUUAAUCGAGAAUCAGUUCAGCGUGACGGCCGUGUGGUCCGCGCUGCUAAUGGGUAUCAUAACCGUUCCGGCCGGCGGUGGCGGUACCUUUCUUGGGGGCUACCUGGUGAAGAAGCUAAACCUCAGCUGUUCCGGUAUCAUCCGUUUUUGUUUGUUCGCCACAAUAUUCGCGGCUUUGUUUACAGUUUGCUUUUUCCUGUCCUGUCCGAAUUUGAUCUUUGCCGGUGUUACGGCUCCGUACUUCCCGCAGGAGAAUCUCCGUACACCGGUGGCACGUUCGACGGAGAUCUUCGUUUUGCCGAAGACUCUGGACAAUGCGUGCAACAGUAAAUGCUCGUGCAGUAAAAUGAACUACGAACCAAUUUGCGGAGCGGAUGGGGUUAUGUACUACUCUCCCUGUCACGCGGGAUGCACCGAAGAGGUGAAUCUGGAGAACACGAAGGUCUACAAGGACUGUGCCUGUAUUAAUGCUACGUUCGGCGAAAAUGAACCGUACCGAAGUUACGACGCGGUGAACACGAUGUGUGAGUCACAAUGCAACCACCUGUGGAUGUUCGUGAUUCUCUGUUUUCUGGUGAUGUUUUUCACAUUCUUGGCUACGAUGCCGGCUCUCUCGAGCACGUUGCGUUGUGUUCACGAUGACCAGCGUUCAUUCGCACUUGGAAUUCAGUGGAUAAAGGUAAGAGUGCUGGGUACCAUCCCGGCACCGAUGAUUUUCGGCCGACUGAUUGACGAGACGUGCAUCCUGUGGCAGGAAUCGUGUGAUGAUCACGGAGCUUGUCUGGUAUAUGACAAUGCAUUUAUGAGCAAAUACAUGCUUCUGCUAGCACUGAUUGGAAAAGUAUGUUCAAUCUUAUUCUUUUUCGGGGCUUGGUUCUACUACAUUCCACCAAAGGCAAUGCAGAGUGGCUGCGAGGAAGAUUCGAACAAGUUGCAACAGGUGAAUGGAGUCGCAAACCACGUGGAGAAAUAUUAAGUACAUAAUGUUACUCUCCAGUUUCUUAAUCUCAUGAACCAUGUUGGCAUAUUGAAAUGUGACAAAUAUAACAGAUUCAUUACCAUUACCUAGUCGGUUCCAGUAAUUUCAAUGAUUAGCCAGUAGGUGAAAAAUUUAUAACGACUUUACACUACCCAAAAAUAACAAUCAUUAAAACAUCGAUGUAGGUAUUUCGUAUUUUAUAACCGUGGAUUAUAGCUAGAAUAAGCGUACUGUACGAGUUGUUUAUUUUUGUUUUUGUUAUUCAACAAUACCUAUAUUUUGUAUGAAUGUGUUGCCGCCAAAAAUAUUCGAUGGACUGAAGCUUUAAUUUAUUGUAUUCGUAAUCAUUAUUAACAUAAUUUCGGUUAUUGUACUAGAAACGCGUUCUGUUUUGAACCUAAAGAUAUGCUUUUUUAGAUUGCAUUUAGUGGACAGAAAGAAAAAAGUAAUAAAAUGUUUGAUGUAUCUGUAAGCGUCAUUAUACAGUUUAAUUUGUAAGACCUUUCAAUAUCUGUAACUUUGUAUAGAAACAAUGUCAAUAAAGUAAUUGU